UGAUUUAUAUUGUGUGCAGGGUUGUGUUGUAUAGGGUGGUCAUAUAAUUCUAUUUUUGCUGCAUUUUGUUUGUUGAUUAGGGUUGUGUUCAUCUUCGAAGAAGCGAGUAUGUCCGCAGUUAUAGCUCGCAAAAUGGCUUCCAGAGGCAUUUCUUCUUUGAGUUUAAAUCACCUGUUGAUGAGAAGUAGGGUAUCUGCAUCCAGAUGUUACUCUUCUGCAGCAAAAGAGAUAACAGUGCGCGAUGCUUUAAAUUCCGCGCUUGAUGAAGAAAUGUCUGCGGAUCCUAAGGUCUUUUUGAUGGGUGAAGAGGUCGGAGAGUACCAGGGUGCAUACAAGAUUUCAAAAGGUCUUUUGGAUAAAUAUGGUCCGGACAGGGUUCUGGAUACACCUAUUACGGAGGCUGGAUUUGCUGGGAUUGGAGUAGGUGCAGCUUACUAUGGUCUGAAGCCUAUUGUGGAAUUCAUGACAUUUAACUUUUCAAUGCAGGCAAUUGAUCAUAUCAUUAAUUCUGCUGCAAAGUCAAAUUACAUGUCUGCUGGCCAGAUAUCUGUACCUAUUGUUUUCAGAGGCCCUAAUGGAGCUGCAGCUGGUGUUGGUGCCCAACAUUCCCAGUGCUAUGCAGCUUGGUAUGCUGCAUGCCCAGGAUUGAAGGUGCUGUCUCCGUACUCUUCUGAAGAUGCUCGUGGCCUUCUCAAAGCUGCUAUUAGGGACCCAGAUCCUGUUGUUUUCCUUGAAAAUGAAUUGCUAUAUGGUGAGUCCUUCCCUGUAUCAGCUGAAGCUCUUGAUUCUAGUUUCUGUCUUCCAAUUGGGAAAGCUAAAAUUGAGCGUGAUGGGAAGGAUGUGACAAUCACUGCUUUCUCAAAAAUGGUUGGUUAUGCUCUCAAGGCUGCUGAGAUUCUUGCAAAGGAAGGAAUCAGUGCUGAGAUUAUCAAUUUGCGCUCAAUCAGACCACUUGAUAGAUCUACAAUCAAUGCUUCUGUUAGGAAAACCAACAGACUGGUAACUGUGGAGGAAGCAUUUCCUCAACAUGGUGUUGGCGCUGAGAUCUGUGCAACUGUAGUUGAGGAAAGCUUUGAGUACCUUGAUGCACCAGUUGAGAGGAUAGCUGGGGCUGAUGUGCCUAUGCCUUAUGCAGCAAAUCUUGAAAGAAUGGCUGUUCCACAGGUUGAAGACAUUGUACGUGCAGCAAAAAGGGCUUGCUACAGAUCAGUUCCAAUAUCAGCCACUGCUUAGGAUAUUUUGGACCAGUUAACAUUUUCAUACGAUGCGGAUAUUGAUUCUUUGUCCACAUUGGGGCUUUCCUUUUGCUGCGUCUAGCUCGUUACUGAGCUAUCAAAAAUAAAUUUUGUUUGGUUUGUAACACGAUAUAGAAGAUUGCAUGCUCCUAGAAAGAAAAGAUUAGCUAGCCAUUUUUUGGAUCUUUGUCAUGCUUAAUAAUAAUAAUGAGAAUGUCUAGGGUGGGAAUAGGCCAGACUCCUUGUAGGGGCCUAUGUCCAGGCCUAAUUAAAGUCUAGUUAGCGUAGCUCGUUUAGUAGAAAUGUCACCAAAACUAAACAGGUCAGACUUAUAAAUACUAGGCCUAGCCUAGUAUAUUAUAUUUACCUAAUAUAUAUUUUUAUAUUUACAAUACAAUCCCAAGUAUAUGUAAUUACCAAACUUUAACCCUCCACCUCCAAAAAUUCAUUCUAAAUUAUGAUUCAACUAUAAA